AUGCGCUCCAUCGCCAUUGUCUUGCCCACCUUGGUGGCUGCCGCUGCUGCUGCCAACAAUUACACUUUCCCCGCGGGCUUCAACAUCGCUCAGCUUCUUGGUGUCUGGCUGAGCGGAACACCUGCCCGAGUAUCUGCGGUGGAAUCGCCGAUCGCAACUCAUGUGAUUCCGUAUGUUUUGAUGAACUUAAAACCCACCGUUCUCAAUGCUCACCCAACUAAUGCGAUAAAUGAACAGGACACUCUCCAAUUCUCUUGCGUUUGCAGCAACGGUACCGAGGCCGACGUGUCCCCGUACAUGCAGACCAUCCCCUUCUUUGUCUGCCAGGAAACCUACAAGCAGUGCAUUGGUGCCUCCUCGACUCAGGAUCAGGAUGAAAAGUGUACGGCCGCCCAGAAAGAAUGCGGUACACUGAACGCGACGGCCUCUUCCACCUCCUCAUCGACCACUACCUCUUCCGCUAUUUCCACCGCCACGGAGAGCGCGACCGGAAACCAGGCUGAGUCGACUGCCACGGCCACCACUACUACUAGCAGCAGUGCUACCGCUCAGACUAGCAAUGCUGCCAUUCGCCUGGUCGGAGAGCACGCCACUGGUGUGAUGGCGACCGUGCUCUUCUUUGCGGCUCGUCUCUUGCUGUAA